GAAAAAGGAAAAGGAAAAGGAAAAGGAAAAGGAGAUUGAUUGAAUGAAUUACUAGUUUGGUAACAAACAGUCUAUAUAUAUAGAGACGUGUGAUUUGAGUAGACAGCCACACACAGAGAUAGAGUGAGAGGGGAAAAAAAAAAGAGAAAGAAAAAUGAGUGAGAAAGGAAAGGAGAUAGUAGUAUUUGAGAUGGAAAUAAAAAAAGGAAAAAUGAGGGAGACCUGGAAGGAGAUAGAGGGGGAUGAGAGGGAGAUGGUGCUUCACUGGAGCCACGAGCAUCCACUUAGUUUGGUGAAAACUCGCGAAGGAGAAUACUGUUAUGGGUGUGAAGAGCGGUUUAGCAGCGGAGAGCAUGCUUAUGGAUGCAGCAUUGAGGGAUGUGAGUAUUCAAACUUAUUACACGAAGAUUGUGCAGCGAUGGCGAGAGAGAUACAGCAUCCGUUGCACCACCCUCGGCACAUCCUCAUCCAACAACAUCUUUACACUCUAAAAGAUGUGACAUCUGUAAACAGAUUAUUCGGUCCAUUGGCUACAGAUGUACCUCCCAGAUGGAUGCCAUGAUUAAUGCAACAACGGGUGAAGACGACAGUGAUGGUGAUUAUGAGGAGGAGGACGGAUACUGGGGCAACUUGGAACAUCCAAGUCACCCCAUUCAUCCGUUGAAGCUGACGAAGAGAAGGUAUUACCUCAACUGCAAUGCCUGUGGCACCACACGCAGAGGGAGUUCCUUCAUGUGCACCAUAGAUGCUUGUGGAUAUCUGAUCCACCAUAGAUGUGCUUUGUUGCCUCUCACCAUGCGUGGGGAAGAACAUCAUCACUAUCUUUCUCUCUCUUUUCAAGUCCCACAAGAAUAUAUUGACAAUGGCUACAAAUGUGAUGUAUGCACCAAAUCAUUGUUACCCGACCACUGGAUAUAUCAUUGUCGACUCUGCAGAUAUAUUGUCCACAUCGCAUGUUCCUUCAGCGAGCUGUCUCGCCUAUGUACCAUCCAGAUGCACCUGAGAUGCGCACAAGCUAGUGGCAUGAUCGAUGCAACAGGCGAUCAUGAUGAGCAACGGAGCGACAUCAUAGAUCAUUCAAGUCAUCCUGACCAUAAAUUGAAGUUGUUGAGGAAAAGGUGUUCCUUCAAGUGCGAUGCUUGCGGAACCACACGCAGAGGGAGUUCCUACACAUGCACUGCAGAUGCUUGCCAGUAUUUGGUCCAUGAGAAAUGUGCUUCCUUGCCUCAGAACUUGAAAAGGGAAGACCAUCAUCACUCUCUUACUCUGUCUUAUCAUGUCCCACUAGAAUAUAUAAAAUUUCGCUACAAAUGUGAUCUAUGCAACAAAUCCUUUCUAUCCAAAACUUGGAUAUAUCAUUGUCAAAUUUGCAGAUUUAUUGUCCACAUCAAGUGCGCCUUCAACAAGCAACCUCGCAUCACUGAAAAUAUUGGGAAAGACAUAAUCCAUCUUCCGACAAAUAAGGUGGCUGAGGAACUCAUUACACCUUUUGUGAUGAGACAAGCCGGAGGAGAAACAUUGAUACCACCCAUUGCCAUACCUAAUAAUGUUGAUGAGUUAGUGAAUGUGAAACACUAUGAGUUUCUUCAUCACCAACAUCAACUCACUUUAGUCUCAUCUGGCAAUCGAAGCCAAGAAGAAGAAGAAGAAGAAGAGGAGGAGAAUUAUGGAGUGAGAUCGGAAUUGAUAUGUAAUGGGUGCAUCACUCCUAUAUCAUCAACUAAUAAGUUUUACUACAUGAGUUGUAGUGAAUGCAAAUACAAUCUUCACCUGGCCUGCUUUCACUUGCCGCCUCACCUCCUCUCUCUACCACUCCACCUUGAUAAUCACCCCCUACACCUCCGAUCCUGUAACAAAUUCCAGCCUUGGAAAUGUCGUCGUUGCAGCAUCUGUAAGUAUGAAAUGAAUGGGUUGUUUUACACUUGUGCAACGUGCAGCUUCGAAGUUGAUAUCAAGUGUGCUUGUAUGCCGGAUACCAUACACCAUGCAGCUCAUCCGCGACAUCUCCUCAAUUAUGUGACUAAUUGGAAUACGCGGCGCUUGUCGUGUGCUGCUGAAUGUGGCAGAGACAUACUCCAUCGAGAUUGCUACAGGUGCUCCAGCAGCACAUGUGAUUUCAUCGUGCACUUUUCAUGCGCGGUGCUGCCGGCAUCAACCACCAGCCGUAGAUGGGACAAGCACCACCAGCUGCUGCUGACGUACGACGCCACUCUCGACCAUCCCGGUGAUUUCUACUGCAAUCAGUGCGAAACACAGAUGAAUCCCAAGAGUUGGAUGUAUCACUGCCGCGCCUGCCAUCUAUCCUUCCAUCCUAAAUGCUUUCCAACUACAUCCGGCGAGUUUAGAAACGUGAAGUUGGGGCAGGAAUAUGAAGUGAGUGCAGAAACCCAUCCACACCAUCUCACCUUUCAACUUCUCACCACAAAACGCCGCUGCGACAUUUGUCAAAUAGAUAAUUAUGAACAUGAAGGAUUUUACUGUGCAUUAUGCAACUUCUUCAUUUGUUACUAUUUCUGUGGUGCAAAAAUGAUCAAAAAUGAGGACAUGAAGGCUUUCGAUUGAGAGAUUUUUUUGUUUGUUUGUUUGUUUCAGAUCAUUAGUUCAGUAGUAUGUUGUUUACCGCUUCCUCUUG